GGGGAGGGGGCGCGCGGCCCGAGCCCCGCCGCCGUGUCGCUCGGCCUGGGCGUGGCUGUGGUGUCGAGCCUAGUGAACGGGUCCACGUUCGUGCUGCAGAAGAAGGGCAUUGUGCGCGCUAAAAGGCGAGAAGUCCAGCAUGCUGACUUCCCAUUACCAAGAUAGAGAAACAACGAAGUGUGCUCAGAGGCCUGAUUUAAAGCACAUUAGGGCAUUCCAGGGUACUUCCUACUUAACAGAUAUCGUGUGGUGGGCUGGCACCAUUGCAAUGGCUGUUGGCCAGAUUGGAAACUUCCUAGCUUACACUGCGGUCCCUACGGUCCUGGUGACUCCUUUAGGUGCCCUUGGAGUGCCAUUUGGGUCCAUUUUAGCUUCUUACCUUCUGAAGGAGAAGCUCAACAUCUUGGGCAAGUUGGGGUGUCUGCUAAGCUGCGCAGGGUCUGUCGUGCUGAUCAUCCAUUCCCCCAAGUCCGAGAGCGUGACCAGUCAGGCUGAGCUGGAGGAGAAGCUGACCAAUCCAGUGUUUGUGGGCUACCUGUGCAUUGUGCUGCUCAUGCUGCUGCUGUUGAUCUUCUGGAUUGCACCAGCCCACGGGCCCACCAACAUCAUGGUCUACAUCAGCAUCUGCUCCUUGCUGGGCAGUUUCACUGUGCCUUCCACCAAGGGCAUUGGGUUGGCAGCCCAAGACAUCUUGCACAACAAUCCGUCCAGUCAGAGAGCCCUCUGCCUGUGCCUGGUGCUCCUGGCUGUCCUGGGCUGCAGCAUCAUUGUCCAAUUCAGGUACAUCAACAAGGCCCUGGAGUGCUUCGACUCCUCUGUGUUUGGGGCCAUCUACUACGUUGUGUUUACCACGCUGGUCCUGCUGGCUUCAGCCAUCCUCUUCCGGGAGUGGAGCAAUGUGGGCCUGGUGGACUUCUUGGGCAUGGCCUGUGGAUUUACAACUGUCUCCGUGGGAAUUGUCCUUAUACAAGUGUUCAAAGAAUUCAACUUCAACCUUGGGGAGAUGAACAAAUCCAAUAUGAAAACAGACUAAGAUGCAGCCAACAGGUGGGGGCUUGAGGAACAGGCAUUGGAGGGGGUCUGUGGUUCUUACUAUGUAUGUCAAGUAGAAGAGACUCUCGGAGAGAGUUGCCUAUAUACUAAUAGUGGACACUAGGCUUUGCAACAGGGUGAGGUCCAGACCUCUGCAGCACAGAGCUCCCAAUGGUUGUUUGGGUGUAAACUCUCUCUGAUGAGACAAAUUCUGUUUUCAUUUCCAUUAACCUAGAAGCUUUCAUUAAUUACUUGUUUAAAACAUUUUAACAUGAUUUACCAGAAAAUAAGGAUGAGGUCUUUCUAGUUAGUCUUUGUAGAGGAGAUGUUCUUAGAGUACCUUGGAAAAGGAAGUGAAAUCUGGCUCUGUAAAGUAAACGUGAGUGAUCUUCGUACUUGUGUUAAGCAUGUGUAGCAUUCAGGUAUUUUAUUCAAAUAAGUGGUAUGUGAAUCAAAUUGUUUGUAGUCCUUUAACAACCUGACUCUCCUACACGUACCCCAAAGCCGAGGUAAGCAGAGAGAGAAGAGUUCAUGACAGUGAUGCAGAGUUCUAUAGACAGGGUGACUUUCCGAUAGCUCAAAUCAAUUUUAGUGCCUUUAUGAUUUGAAUUAUUCACUUAAUUUAACUAUUACUGUGUAUAUGUUAACUGUUCUAAAAAAUACUAUGUUCAGUGGAAGAUAGUGAAAAGUUAAAGAUACAGAAAACUUUGAAAAGUGACCCACUUGUAUAUUGUCUAAUUAAGGACAACUAAUUAAGAAAGAAGAGAUAUUUAAUUUCCAUUUAACCUCUGUUACUUGGGUCCAUUAUGAAAAACAUCUGCUUUCUGUUUCAGGCAGUAUUGUGUCCAUUCAGAAGAAAUAAACUAUUUAACUUGACACUAAAAUUGUUACAUUAGAGAAUGUCUCUUUAGUGCACACUACAGGAGUUUAGUAAAAGCACCUCAAUAUGAGAACACAACUUAGGACUGUUUCUAAGAAGUGUGAUGUGUACUUUCUAAGACAGUCUCUAGCAAAGAUGAAAACAAUUUAGCCUUCUCAUUUAAAAUGAUAGAACUUUCUAAACUUUCUUACUGAGCCUCUUACUAAACCAUUUGACUGUAUGCAAGGCUCUGAACUUGAUAACCAGCAUCAAAAAGAAACAACAAAACAAAACAAUCUACUUAUAUGGAAAACAGUUGUUAAUCAUGCAGUAUUUUAGAUCAGAGAUGAUCCUUCUAUCCAUAGUAACCCUCCUGUGCAUUAAAAUUGGAGCAAGGUACAAGGUGACACAAUAUAGCUUCAUAUUACGAUAUGCCAUAUUUUGAUGUUAUAUGUUUUAACCUGCUUUGUUUUAUCUGAAUAGAAUAGGUCAAGUUAAAAAAAAUGGGGUUGGAUAAAUAAGUUAUGUGAGGUAGAACAUGAAUUUUAAUAAUACCCAAUUAAACUUCUCACUAGGACAAAAUUGUGCUUUUCCAGAUAGAAAGGUCAUUUUUAAAAUAAAGAGCCAAAGAAUAGCCGGAUGUUGGUGGCAUAUGCUUUUAAUCCCCAGAGGCAUACAAGCCUCUGAGUUUGAGACCAGCCUGGUUUACAGAACAAGUUCUAGGACAGCCAGGACUACACAGAGAAACCCUGUCUCAAACCUGCCCUCUGCCCCCAAAGACCCAAAUAUAGUUCCCUGAACUUUAGAAAAAAACAGUAAGUAAAAGACUAGUUUAGCAUAAAGGAAUCUGGUUUUCUGGCCAUUUGUCAGACUCAGUAAAUUAAAAGUACGAAUGAUGAUCUUGGUGUAUGAGUUAGUAAUUUAUGAAGAACAGAAACAAGGUGACUUAAACAACUGAAAACCUUGCAUAAAGCAGUAGUUAGUAAAUGUUCAAGUUCAUUCUUCUUUGUAUCAGCUCUUGAAUUUUUUUUACUCAUUAGUAUCUUUAUGACUAUAAAACUUAAUUUAUUGACUAGAGCGUAAGUGGAAAGUGUUAUGCAACCAGAUCAGUAUCAUUUUAAUACAAAGGUCUCUGAGUUAAGGAUAUAGCUAUACUAGUACAGUGAAGAAAUUUAUAAUGUGCAAAUUACCUCGUUCAUUUUUGCUACUUACCAUGGAGCUUAGUUUAAAUGCACAAUUACACCAUGAGUAUCCAAAGGCUAAUAUUUUGUGUAUCAAACAAAAUUUUAUAGAAUUAAUACUUCUCCUAACAUUCUGGAACAGCCAGAUUUACAUACGGUCAGCAGAUUGCUUCAGUAGGUUUCAUGCUUUUGUUCAGGAAGAACAAGUUAUCACUCACUGUUAACUUCCAAAUAACAAUCGUGAAUAGGGCCUAAUUUUCAAUGUAGUGCACGUGGAUGUAUUCUUACUUUUACUAAUUCAGUUUUCACAAUUCACAUGGAAAUGCAAAAGAAAUUAAAAAUUCCCAAGUCAGAGCUCUGGGGGAAAACCUAGAAUGCAAAAGAAACUCUUAGUGUUCUCUCUAAAAGUGAGUGCAUAAAGAAACACUUUCAGGGGUUGGGGAUUUAGCUCAGUGGUAGAGCGCUUGCCUAGGAAGCGCAAGGCCCUGGGUUUGGUCCCCAGCUCCGAAAAAAAAGAACAAAAAAAAAAAAAAAAAAAAAGAAACACUUUCAUUAUGAUAUAGUUUUGGGUUUCCCUUCUGAUAAAACUUAAGAAAACGUGCCUAUUAUGUACUUUUCCCCAAGUCUUUAAAAUCAUCAAAAUAAAAAAUUUUGGAACAACUUAGGAAACUACACUUGGAAGACAUUUAGAACAUUUCUCUCCUCUUCUUCUUGGACGGAAAAUAUCUUGCUCAGUAAAUAUCUUUAUAUUUGAAAAGGCUGUUUCCUGUUGUAAGUAUUGAUUAACUAUAAGAUCAGUUAGGGAUUCCUGUUGGAACCCAGAUCCAGGAUACCAUGUGGAACACUAUUCUGGUCUGCAUAAAGGGUGUGGGGGGCGGCGGGGUUCUAGAGGAGGAAGACAUAACUGCCCACACUGGGACCUUUGGAGAGGAACUGCUUCUCCAGCAUCCCUGCCGAUCACUGAGACCAUCAAUAUAGUCUUUUAUAUUAGGAUAUCAAUAAAAUAUAUUUUGCUGCUCUCUGUUCAACUAUUAGAUUCUAUUUCUACUGUUUAAGCCAUUUUUGUUCUGCUUAAUUUUAUUUAGUAAAUAAUCACAGAAAUAAUAUAUUGAUAUUUUCUUUCAUUGAGUUUCACAUAUAUUUUCUUAUUUCUUUUCGUGGUUCUAAGGAAUUCAAACGUGGCCAUUAUACACGAUAGGUAAGAGUUUACUUGGAGCCAUAGCCCUAGGCUGCCCGUGUCUACUUUUGAUAGAACCAUGCGCAACCCUGCAGUCAUAGAUCUUCUUUCUUUGUUCCUGACAGUCCAGUUCUUGGUCAGUGCUGUGCUGAACUUCUAGAAGCUGGUCUCUAGGUGUCUGUAAAGUACUCAGAAGUAGUGACUUUUAGAUGUAGGAAAACAGAUGGUCUGUUGAAACAAGUGUUACUGGGCAUAGACUACUGCUGCCCACUGUGUAAUUUUUUUCUCUUUAUCCCCUUAAAAGGGUCUUAUUGUGUAUCCUAGGGUGGUCUUGGACUCGUAUUUCCUCAACCUCUCCAGUGCUGAGAUUACAGGCAUAUGUCAUUACACUGGACUUCCUGCAUAUUCAAAUUUUUUGUUAGCAGCGAAACUUUUAUUCCAGACUUAUCUAGGAGAGCAGUACUCCUCUCUGAUACCUACUAGGUCUUGGUCAGUAUUUCUGUGAUCUUUAAAAGACCUCAUGUCUAUAUGGAUUAGAUCUAAGGAAGUAUUCUCAGUGUGUCUGACACAAAGGACUAAGCCUUCUCAGGGACCAAAACUGUAUUAUCAGAUCCUUAGCACAGACUUUCUAAGGACAUAGCCACAUUUUUCCUAUGUUUUAUGUGUAUUCACUGCUAGAUUCUGUAGUUGUUAAAAGGCUCCUUGACACACCAGUCACAUCAUAAGCCAGUUUACCACAUAGAAGGCCUAAAUUGUUUGUAUUUCUCAUUUACACAUGACAGUUGUCACUGUUGAAUUUUAAGGGUCUGUUAUUUAGUUCAUAAGUGACUUGUCACAUCUGGCAAGAUUCGUAAACUGUUUUAUCGAUUGAAGAAGAUUAAGAGUUAUAAGAAUAGCAAUGAGCAUCUGACCCAAUAUCACUACUCAUUUUUUAUCAUACACAUUUCUCAUGUACAAUUAAAUGCAGCAAAAGAAUAUUUUUAAAAGUAACAGCUGUUGUAUCAAAAGAUAGCUAUUUAAAAAUUGAUAUUAUGUAGAAAAAAAUGAUCAUGUAAAUAAACAUCUGUUUCAAAUGUACCCAAAAAUAAUUUAAGAGCAUAGUCAUAGGCCCAUGCAGUCAGGAAGGAUUUAUUUAUUUGUUUGUGUUUAAAGGUUUAUAUUUAUUUCAUGUCAUACGGGCGUUUUUCUGCAUAUAUGUAUGUGUACCACCCGCAUGCAGUGCCCACCAAGGCUGGAAGAGGUGGAAAGAUCCCUUGGAACUGGAGCUUCUGCCGUUGUGCUCCACCAAGAGGGUCCUGGGAACCCAACCUGAGCCCUCGGCGAAGCAGCACGUGCUUUUAAGCACUGAGCCAUCUCUCCAGUCCCAGAGGACUUUCAUUUUUCCCAAUUUUCUCCUGAUUUGUGAAAAUGUAUGUGAGUUUUUUUAACCUUUCUGUGCCUCGGUUUUUCUACCUCGAAAGUUGUAGGAAGGUUCUCCAAAACCGAUUCUAAACCGAGGAUACAUUCAGUAACACUCUGGGAACUGAAGGGAGGAGCAGUGUGCUCAGAACUGCUCUGGAAGGUUGCAACGUUGGAGUCUCAUCAAGACUGUGCUGUAGAGCACGUAACCUUGAACACCAAACAAGUAAGGGGAAUGCUGGGCACAAAGUUUGCAUGAUUCCGUAAGACGUUAACUUUGUUUUAAGGGUUUACAUAUUUUGUUGGAGAAGGAGGAAAUAAAACAUGGACUUCAAAAAAAAUAAUGGAAAGACCGGAUGGCAUGACGAGUUCCUGUGUUGGGCUGCGUUGGGCUGUGUGCUGUAUAUGUAACCUGUGUGUCCCAUCAAUUCUGUUUCGUUGAAUUUCUCAUGAGACAUGCUGAACUUCCUGCUCACCAGGGCACCUGAGCCCUCAUACUCAACUAUCUGAUGCCAGGCAAAUGUCAGGAACUCCCGAAACACUAAUGCCAAAGAGUCACCUUGACAAAUUCAGAAUGCUUCUUUUGUCAUAAUACCUUGCAUUUCACCUCAUCAGUGUUUUUGCACUUUACAAAAGUUUAAAGGUGUGGCAUUUCGGUUGUAAUCCUGGUUUUGCUUUUUAAAAGAAUAAUUAUUACUUCCUCAUGAAAUGAACAUAAUGAGAGAAACAGAUUAAAAAGAAUGCCAAAUGUUGGUUGCGUGAAAGCUUUUUUCACAUGAAUGUAGUAGGGGAAAAUGUUUCCAGUUAGUACACACACAUAUUUAUCACUGUCUAGGACUUGCUUAUAUUUUGCUUCAUAGAAGUAGUCAUAGCAUGUUAUAAAUGCCUUAUGUAGAUAAAAAGGCUCUUAAGUUUUACAAUAAUAUUUAUUAUUCUGUAUAUGUUUUAAAAUAAAGUAACAUUUCUAGCUGA